AUGGAUGACGCGGAUCUCGGGGACGUCCCACAGGAAGUGGUGCAGCAGGAAGUGAAGGAGCGCCCGGUACGAGUGAUUAAGGUCCAGCGUCACGAUGGAACAAAGGCGUUUUUGAGCUCUGUGAUAGAAAUGGCACAGGUGGUGCUUGACAAUCUGGACCCAGACGCCUGCUACAAAGAUAUUGCCAUUGGGCUGAAGAACAAACUGGAAGAGACAGAGAAGGGCACCUGGCAUGUCAUCAUAGGCUCCCACUUUGGGGCAAAUGUGACAAAUGAUGCCGAGACGCUCGUGAAUGUCAAGAUCGAUGAGAAGCACAUCCUGGUGUUCCGUUCCGGUCCACCGGAGCGUCCACUGGAGCUGACGGAUGAGCAACAGUAG